AAAGGCAAGGAGGACAGCAACAAAAUCCCUGCUUAACUAGGACGCAAACAAAAGAGAGGGGAAUCACGUGGUGCUCCCUCCCACGCCCGGCGCGCCAAUGAUGUCACCAAUCCGCGACCCGGCCAUUGAUUCCCGGCUGAAGGGGUGUUCCCGGAGCAGGAGCCAACCCCAUCCACUUCAAGGCUAUGAGCCCAGCAAGCUCAGACACCAGCAGCCAGGGCUGGGACUGUAUCCUGAUAGUUUCCAGCUCCAGCAAAUAGAGUUUCUCAAGGGGCGGCUCCAAGAAGUACCCCUAAUUGGAAAGCAGACACCAUCACUGCCACCAUUCCUCCCUGGACUUGGGCCAAGGUUUCCAGGACCACCUGCCAGAGGCAGGCAGCUAGAGCCCUGGGGUGUCCCCUGGGGCGUGCAUCUCAGCAGUCAGGUGCUCCCGAGAGAGUUCCAGCACCCUUCCCCACCUGGCCGGAAUCUGCCAUGGAGAGGUGUUGAUCGGCUCUCCUCACGUUUCCAGCAACUGACUAUCAGCCAGGAUCAGGAACAAAGGGUCUUAGAGGAGCUUGGGGAAGGGAAGGCCGCCACAGCGCAUGAUCUAGCCUGGAAGCUCCAAACCCCCAAGAGGGAAAUCAAUCGCAUUUUAUACUCUCUGGCAAAGAAGGGCAAGCUGCAUCGGGAGGCAGGAACUCCCCCUUGGUGGAGAAUUGCCGUCCCAGGUCAGACGUGCAAUCCACCCAGCCAAGUAGUGAGAGCAGACCCUUGUAGCCAGGGAGCUCCAGGCUCAGACCCCGGUUUGGAAACUGAAGACAGAAGCCCCACCCCUGACUUGGAAGCCCCGCCUGAGCCUUUCGACAUGGCUGAGAUCAAGGAGAAGAUCUGUGACUACCUGUUUAACGUGUCCAACUCCUCUGCCCUGAACUUGGCUAAAAACAUUGGCCUCACCAAGGCCCGAGAUGUGAACGCUGUGCUGAUUGACUUGGAGAGGCAAGGGGACGUCUGCAGGCAGGGGACCACCCCUCCCAUGUGGUAUCUGACCGACAAGAAGCGGGAGAGGCUACAAAUCAAGAGAAGCACGGACAGCGUUCCCGAAACCCCUCAAGCUGCGAGCCCGGAGACCCCCCUCGCAGAGCCCUCCCCCUGCACCUUCCCCGAGCCGGAUGCCUCAGACAGCACGGUCCCCACAGAAGAAGUGGAGAAUGGGCAGGAACCCGUCGCAAAGCUAGAAACCAAGCAAGAGGUCACACCAGACCUGAUAAAGCUGAAACCACCUGUCCACGACAACGGCCCCUCCAAAACAGGGUAUGUUGACUUUGAAAAUGGCCAGUGGGCCACAGAUGACAUCCCCGAUGACUUGAAUAGUAUCCGCGCAGCACCAGGUGAGUUUCGAGCCAUCAUGGAGAUGCCCUCCUUCUACAGUCAUGGCUUGCCACGGUGUUCACCCUACAAGAAACUGACAGAAUGCCAGCUGAAGAACCCCAUCAGUGGCCUGUUAGAAUAUGCUCAGUUCGCUAGUCAGACCUGUGAGUUCAACAUGAUAGAGCAGAGUGGACCACCCCAUGAACCUCGAUUUAAAUUCCAAGUUGUCAUCAAUGGCCGAGAGUUUCCCCCAGCUGAAGCUGGCAGCAAGAAAGUGGCCAAGCAGGAUGCAGCCAUGAAAGCCAUGACAGUUCUGCUUGAGGAAGCAAGAGCCCAGGACGGUGGAAGAUCAGAAGACGCAUACUUCUCUUCCUCGGAGAAGGAGUCCCAGAAGACCGCAGAGUCCCAGACUACCACCCCUUCAGCAACAUCCUUCCUUUCUGGGAAGAACCCCGUCACUACACUGCUUGAGUGUGUGCACAAGUUGGGGAGCUCCUGUGAAUUCCGCCUCCUAUCCAGAGAAGGCCCUGCCCAUGACCCCAAGUUCCAGUACUGCGUUGCAAUGGGAACCCAUACUUUCCCCACCGCCAGCGCCCCCAGCAAGAAGGCGGCAAAGCAGUUGGCUGCUGAGGAGGCCAUGAAGGCCCUGCACCGGGAGGCCACCAGCUCGCUGUCUUCCGAUAACCAGCCUGGAAGCACAAACUCGGAAUCAUUCGAUAACCUGGAAUCCAUGAUGCCCAACAAGGUCAGGAGGGUUGGCGAGCUCGUCCGAUACCUGAACACCAACCCCGUGGGCGGCCUGUUAGAGUACGCCCGCUCCCAUGGUUUUGCUGCUGAGUUCAAGUUGGUCGACCAGUCCGGACCGCCUCACGAGCCCAAGUUCGUUUACCAAGCAAAAGUUGGGGGUCGCUGGUUCCCAGCCGUCUGCGCACACAGCAAGAAGCAAGGCAAGCAGGAAGCUGCAGAUGCGGCCCUCCGCGUCUUGAUUGGGGAGAACGAGAAGGCUGAGCGCAUGGGUUUCACAGAGCUUCCUCUCACGGGCAGCACCUUCCACGACCAGAUAGCCAUGCUGAGCCACCGGUGCUUCAAUGCCCUCACCAAGUUUCAACCCUCCUUGCUUGGCCGAAAGAUCCUGGCUGCCAUUAUCAUGAAGAAAGACUCUGAAGACCUGGGUGUCGUGGUCAGCUUGGGGACGGGGAAUCGCUGUGUGAAAGGAGAUUCUCUGAGCCUCAAGGGAGAGACGGUCAAUGACUGCCAUGCAGAGAUCAUCUCGCGGAGAGGCUUCAUCAGGUUUCUGUACAGCGAGUUAAUGAAAUACAAUCCCCACACCGCGAAGGAUAGCAUAUUUGAGCCCGCUAGGGGAGGAGAAAAGCUCCAAAUAAAAAAGACCGUGUCCUUCCAUCUCUAUAUCAGCACGGCCCCAUGUGGGGAUGGUGCCCUCUUUGACAAGUCCUGCAGCGACCGGGCUGUGGAGAGCACAGACUCCCGCCACUACCCUGUCUUUGAGAACCCCAAGCAAGGCAAGCUCCGCACCAAGGUAGAGAACGGGGAAGGCACCAUCCCAGUGGAGUCCAGUGACAUUGUGCCCACGUGGGACGGCAUUCGGCUGGGAGAGAGACUCCGCACCAUGUCCUGUAGUGACAAAAUCCUGCGCUGGAACGUGCUCGGCCUGCAGGGGGCGCUGUUGACCCACUUCCUGCAGCCGGUGUAUCUCAAAUCCGUGACACUGGGUUACCUUUUCAGCCAAGGGCAUCUGACCCGUGCCAUCUGCUGCCGAGUGACAAGAGAUGGGAGCGCCUUUGAGAACGGACUCCGGUACCCCUUUAUCGUCAACCACCCCAAGGUUGGCCGAGUCAGCGUAUAUGAUUCCAAAAGGCAGUCGGGAAAGACCAAGGAGACGAGCGUCAACUGGUGUUUGGCCGAUGGCUACGACCUGGAGAUCCUAGACGGGACCAGAGGCACCGUGGACGGGCCACGGAAUGAAUUGUCCCGAGUCUCCAAAAAGAACAUUUUCCUUCUAUUUAAGAAACUCUGCUCCUUCCGGUACCGCAGGGACCUACUCAGACUCUCCUAUGGUGAGGCCAAGAAAGCCGCCCGCGACUACGAGAUAGCCAAGAACUACUUCAAAAAAAGUCUGAGGGACAUGGGCUAUGGGAACUGGAUAAGCAAACCUCAGGAGGAGAAGAAUUUUUACCUCUGCCCAGUGUAAUGUGAUGCAGUGACUGAUGGGUCGGGCGUUUCACACUGGGGUGAGGGAGAGGUCGUAGCAUUCCUCAUCACAUCGAUCAGGGGGGUGGGCCUUUUGUUUUCCUUUGGUUUUUGUUGUUUUCUUCUUCUUUUUUUUUUUUGUGUUUUUUUGUUUUUUGUUUUUUUUAAUGGAACCACAAUUGGCGACACUGAGAACUCUGAGUUCCUGUCUGUCCUGCUUUCUUUGGGAUGACGAGGCCGGGUCUGGCUGGCCCCCUCCUCUUCCCAAGCCAAGAGGCAGAGACCUCAGGGGAGAGAAGAGGGGUUGGAGGGUUGCUCCUUCUUUCCAGCCCGAGCGUGAGCCGUCACUGAGCACCUGCCGCUACUUCCUCUCCGUUCUUCUUGGGUUCUUUGCGUUUCCUCUCGCUCUGUGUUUGCUACACUGACCUCUUGUGGUCUCGAGUAGGCUCCAGUCAAGUCUGUGUGAACCACGCCAGGGACUGAGGAUUUCAUUUGUCCGUGCUGAGGCCCCUUUGCUUCCCCUCCUCCCCUUCUGAGAUUCUUUCCUCACGAUCCACCCUCCAGUUUUGCCUUUUCCUCCAGAGGGUGAAGAGGUGAACUCAAAGAAUUUGGUGAAACACUUCUAAGGGCAGGAGUUUAAAACUGCAGUCCGUUUGUGACUGGUGCCAAGUGCAGUCAGAAUCUGCAGAUAAUGCUCAGCGAUCUUUGGAUCUUGCACUUUAGCCAGCUCAGGAGGGGCCCAGAGGCAGGACGCUGCUGCUGGGGAAGUGGGGAGGCGCGUCCUGUCCCCGGGCGGUAGGGGAGGCUGGGGCCGGCCAGACUGGGCUGCAGGAAUUGCCCAGGUAAGAGAGGAGGCCUGCCCCGCAGGGUGGCACCAACCGCUUGCCAGGGAGGCAGUCGCACAGCGAAGUGUUGCCAAGCUCCCAGCUGCCCCUCCUCCUGACGCAUUUCUAGGGAUGCGUGUCCCACCGCCGGAGGGAGUAGGGCCAUCGACCCCCCACCACUGGUAGGAAAACAUCCAGGAGGAAUCCUAAAGUGUAAAUCGUCUCUGCUCAGAUAAUCAGGACUCAGCAAGAAUAAAAUCAUGUUAGGUCACAUCACUGUUCCACCUGGCAUGUUUCUCAUGAUGGUGACACCGAGGGAAGGUGACUGAGUCAUGGGUACAUUGGGAGUUUUUAAAGGAUGUUGAUCCUUAACAGCCGCACAGAUAAGAAACUCAGACGUAAUUUUUUCUCUUUGAUUAACCAAGUGCUUUUGUCUUCCCCAAUAGCUUCAGCAGGUUGUUAGUGGGCAGGUGGCAGCCCUGCGGCCUCCCUGCCUGCUGGGGAAUCUUUAUAGGGUUGACAGUCAACAGUCGUUAGGUGGAAAAGGAGGGUGUCCCAAACCCCUUGGCCUACACUCGAAGCUGCCGUGGACGCUCGUGUGGUCAGACCCUUGUCUUUCCGUGGCGUCUGGCCCUGGGCCUAAGCCAGCCAGACGUGCUCAAGAGAAGUACAGAGGCCCUGCCCCCUCCAAACCUGAGCCUGCCUCUUUCCUCUGGAUGUUUCCUCUGCGUUUAUCUGUGAACGGGCCGAGCUGGUGCCCUCAGCCGCUCCCCAUGCCCCCCCCCCACCCCCACAGACGGCUCUUAACCCUCCGUGCGUCCCAGCUCUUCAGCAGUAGGUGCAUCCAUGUCCGUGCAUUUGUUCUUGUGGCUACUGUUCUCUCUGUACUUUCGGCCAAAAGGAGACAACAAAUUUUUAAAUACAUUAAGGGUGUCUUUGUGGAACUCCAAAGUGUCCCAAGGAACCUGGAGGGAAACGGUGCCCGUCUUCUGCGGGGGAGGGGGCCUGCCCCCCGAGCCCUGCAAACCUGCUGAAGGCACGUGCUGUCAGCCCUGCCCCGGGAGGCAGCUCAUCUCCCUGGUUCUUGGGCCUGGAAGGGUGUUGCCUACUGAUUCUCGGCAUGUGGGGCCCCGCCGGGCCAUCCUGGGCAUUAGCAUCUCCUGCAGAGCGCAGGCUGUGCUGUCUUUCCUGACACCGGGAGCACGGGUGCUCUCAAGGCGGCCAAGCCCCCGCCUGCCCAGGAUCUUGUCUAGCAAGCUGACAGUAUUCAGUUUUUGCUGUAGGAAGAGAACAAGGCUUCCCUGUAACCCCAACCCCCGCCAACAUCUGCUGGAAACAAGCCUGUGUCAGGCCCUGCACGGCUGCCCCCCGCCCCCGCAACCCCCCAAUGCCCCUCGAGUCACAGAGACGGAGGAGGCAGAGCUCCCACCCAGAGUGCGCGCUUCACUUUUUCGUCCAAUCUUUGUUUUUGAUAAGCAGGAUUUUCUCCCCCCCAGCUUUUUUUUUUUUUUUUUUAAUGAUCUUUGUAGUUGAUUUGUCUAAACUGUGGCUAUUGUGUAUUCUUUGAAUAUAAUCACUUGUAAAAAUUGUCACCGCUGCAAGCUAUUUCUUUUACCCACGUUGAGGAGACCUUGUGGGUUUUGGGGUCUCGAUAGUGACUCCAAGUGCGGAGUAGAGAAAAGCCCAAGCAGAGGCUUGGGUGCCACGAUGGCCGCAGUCAGUUUUAUGAUUCUGCUUCUGUGUGUCCUUUGGUAAAGUGACUUAACAAUAUACAUUCCUCAUAAAUAAAAAAAAAAGAAAAAUCUGAAUUGUUA